AUGAAAAAUGAAGACGCUCAAAAACACGAAGAAGGUGAAGGCAUGGAGGAACAAGAGUUGCUUAUUCAUAAAAACAUUGCCAAAGAACCACAAAAGGAAGUGGAACAACACGUUCAAAUUCCAAAAGUCAUGCAACCUUUACCCAAAAUACCUCCACCAUUUGCCCAAUGUUUAAAGAAGAAAAAUGAAGAUGAGAAGUUCAAGAAAUUCUUUGCAAUUAUGACUAAGGAGCUAAUCAAAAAGAGGGAAGAUCCUAGGGCAUUCACCAUUCCAUGCACCAUAGGCAUGCUCCAAUUCGCUAAAGCUUUAUGUGACCUAGGAGCAAGCAUCAACCUAAUGCCCUAUGCGAUAUACAAACAACUUGGAUUGGGUGAACCGAAGGCCACAAUGAGACUAUUGAUGGCAGACUGUUCAAUCAAACAUCCCAUGGGGAUACUAUAUGACAUCUUGGUGAAGGUCGAUCGGUUCAUUUUUCCAGCUGAUUUUGUUAUUUUAGAUUGUGAAAUAGAUGCUGAAAUUCCCAUUAUUUUGGGAAGGCCAUUCUUAGCAACUGGGAGAACAUUGGUGGAUGUUGAACGUGAAGAAUUGAGGUUUCGGGUGAACGAAGAUUAG